CAACAGCCCAGUAAGAUUGACAUACAAUUAGAAACCGGAGAAUACUUUUUGAGUAACAAAAGGAAAUCGGCGAAGAUAUGGCAAGAGAAGCAGGAGAAGCAGGCUGAAAAAACUGCUGAAAACAAAAGAAAAAGAGAAGAGGCCUUUAUCCCACCCAAGGAGCCUGCAAACCUGGUGGAUAAAUCUGAGGACACUAACAAUAAUGUUGCUGACAUGGCAAAUUCUUUAAAGAAAAAAGCUAAGAAGUUUGGGAAGGGUAAAUCUGAAGAAAAUAUAAAUGCGGAGACAUAUUAUAGGAUCAUCAGAACAAGCAUCGGGAAGGAAAUCUAAAAAGCAAAAGUCUUAGCACAAUCUUCAUUUUGGAGAUGGAAGAUGAGCAUGAUCUUUUGUAACCAAUGUCUUUGCAGGAACAGUU